AUGGGGCGUAAGAAAGCACCUGGAAGGCUGGGGAUGGACCCGUACUCGAAAUUACUCCAUCGAUUCUAUGAACCCCUUAUUCUGGCUAGAGUCCUCGGACAGACACGAGGAACACAUACCUCAGCCCCUCAACAUGACGAGAGUCAAUCUGGACGUAGAAGGCUGCUCAGUAACCUUUCUUACCUUUGCGACUAUGAUAAGGGAGGCGAUACGACUUCUUCCAUUGCUCUUGAGGACACAGACGAAUGCUACAUAUUCUGGAUCGCGUCAAAUACAGCUCGGGCGGGCAUCAGGAACUUAGGUGGGUUAAAAGAAUUGCUGAAACAAAUACAUCACAUCAUUAAGCUUAAAGAAGAGCAAAGGAGUCCCUUUGAGGUUAAAUUCACCCGCGCAUGGGUAGAUUUUGCUGAGAAGAGGGUGAAGAAGGAGGUCAAGUUGCUAUCAAGGGCGAUAAAUGAGUGCGAAGGAUAUAUCAGCAAGGAAAAUUCCGUACCAGAUUCCCAAUUAGUCAAAUGGCUACAGCAAUUCAUUCCUGCCAAAGGGAGGUCUGUAGCUGACGUUUGCUUCCAAGUUUAUGAUCAACGAAAGACACCAGAGUUUCGUUCACUGGAGGGUAAAACUUACUCCGGUAAUGGAAACAUCGAUCCUAGAAAAUAUGAGUCCCUUUUCGCAACAGUACGUCAUCGUCUAGGGCGAUUGGCUAAUCAUGUCCGAGCACCAAAGAAAGUUAUCGAAGAUUCACUGGAAUUGGGCCACCUAUUCGAUGUGUACAAGAUUUGCUUGGUUAACCCACCACCGAUUAACGAACCACCCAAGGCGGACUCUCUUACCGAGCUUCACAGUAUCCUCAAGCGGAUGUUGCCGGCCAAUGACCCAAAAUUGGAGGAAUAUACAGAGGCUCUAGUAUCUCUAGAUCAUAAGUUCCAAAUCACAAGACGAAUCCGCGGAGAAUAUGACAAUAAAAACUUACAACUGCGCGUCCACGCGGAGGUUCAGAUUCUAGAACAUUUCUAUACGAACCAACUCCGCUACGUUGAUAAUGAUCACUACAUUGGAUGCAGCAAGCCAGCAUGUUAUUGCUGCCACCUCUACUUCCGGCAUCACAAGUCUAGUCCCGUGGAACCGGUAUCACAUCAGAAGAUAUAUCUGAAUUGGGGAGUACCGGCGCUGCCCGAGGGAUCUAGAAGUCCGGGCUACAAUAUGCAGCGAGAUCUGAUGAAUAAAAUGUUGGAAACGAUUAGGAAAGAUGCCCUGGCACAGAUCAUACAGAAAGCAGGACCGCUCACAUGGCACCCCGAUUCGCUGACGGGGAUUACUAUUUCAACCAUGGCACUUCCUGCGGAGAAAGUCCACCUUGAAGAGAGUGUUCUUGAAAGACAGUUAACAAGUUCGAGUUAUGACUCUAUUAUGCCGGAAAUCAUUCCCGUCAUGGACGCACAGUCACGGAUCGCUGAAGAAUGGAGUAGCUCAUCCCUCGACAACGAUGAUUCGUCGACCUGUGAGCAUCAAGGGGAGGCUAUAAGUGAAUUUGACUCCGAUUCCGACUCUGAUGGCGGGGUAUCUUUGUAA